CGCAUUGAGAGACUGGACCUCGCCAGUCCAACCCGACCCAAACACGUAUAAGCGCCGCACCACGUUCUAGGGUUAGGGUUUAUAUAACGUGGAAGGGGUUUUUUCCGUCGUUCUUCUUUUUCGCGUCUGCUUGCUAUACCUCUGCGCCGGCGGGAGCUCUCAUUUUCUUCCAGAAAAUGGCGGAUACGAAGGCGGUCACGAUCAGAACCAGGAAGUUCAUGACCAACCGGCUUCUCUCCAGGAAGCAAUUCGUCAUUGAUGUCCUUCAUCCUGGAAGGGCUAAUGUUUCUAAGGCGGAAUUGAAGGAGAAAUUGGGUAACCUGUACGAGGUGAAGGAUCCGAACUCGAUUUUUGUGUUCAAGUUCCGGACGCACUUCGGAGGCGGCAAGUCCACUGGCUUUGGUCUCAUCUAUGACAACGUUGAGGCCGCCAAGAAGUAUGAGCCCAAGUACCGGCUCAUCAGGAAUGGGCUUGCCACGAAGGUUGAAAAGUCACGCAAGCAGAUGAAGGAAAGAAAGAAUCGGGCAAAGAAGAUCCGUGGAGUGAAGAAGACGAAGGCUGGAGACGCUGCCAAGGCUGGGAAGAAGAAAUGAACCAAGGCAACAAAUUGUUUCUGUCUUUUUCUUCAAUUUUGGCUCAUGCUGCUUGAUGGAUAUCACAUUCAGCUUUGCUUGAUUCAGUUUCAUAUGUUUUUCUGAAUUUGAGUUUAGUAACUAGACGUUCCAACAUUCAGUGCUCCUUGCAAUUCAGUUCUUUUAGAUCCUUAUA